UUUUCCACAUCCACUUGGACCACAAAUAAUGGCUCUGAAUGAGUUUGGUAAUAAUUUUCCAUGUUUACUGUUGGUUGCUUUCUGUACAAUAUCUAGAUUAUCAAUUGGUAACGUCUGCUCUUGUUGAAUGACUCUCAUCGUGUGUUAAACAUAGUAAAAAUAUGAACAAUAUAUUACCAAUGUCACCAAAUGCAUGACCAUCAGUCCAAUGUUGGUGUUCAAAGGGGAAGGUCUUUUGAACUCUCUAAUUAAUAAACUUCCAGUUGAGCUUCAUAUUCCUGGUUAUCAGUAUUGUGGACCUGGAACAAAACUAAAAAAACGUCUUGCACGCGGAGAUCCGGGAAUUAAUCCUUUAGACGCAGCUUGUAAACAACACGAUAUCGCUUAUUCGCAUCAUACAUCUCUCGAAGAACGUCACAAGGCCGAUAAAGAAUUGGAAGAUAGGGCUUGGGAGCGAUUCAAGUCUAAGGACGCUAGCUUUGGCGAAAAAAGUGCUGCUUUACUUGUAACCGGUGGAAUGAAAACGAAAAGAAAGUUGGGAAUGGGAUGUCCUCGUCGUCGUGGAAGAAAGGGACGUUAUUCUUUCAAUCGGGAUGUGGUACCUAAAAUUGCAAAGUCCAUGAAGAGAGGAGCAUCGUUAAGAGAUACUGCUUUGACAGCUGUACGAAUAGCAAAAUCGGUAAUUAAAAAACUUGGUGGACGAAAAACAGUUGAUCUUCCACGAGUGUUGCCACUAAAAUCUGGAGGUUUCCUACCCCUCAUACCCCUAUUUGCAGGUCUUUCUGCAUUGGGGGCUUUAGCCGGUGGUGCAGCAGGGGUGGCGAAGACUGUGGUUGACGCAAAGAACGCCCAAAAGAAAUUGGAAGAGGAUAUGCGCCAUAAUAAGGCGAUGGAACACAUCGGCUCAGGUCUGUACUUGCGUAAGAAACCAAGAGGCGGAUUCGGUUUGUAUCUGAAAAAAAACUUCCAAUAA